ACGUGACCUAAUAGGUGUCAUAUGAGAAGCAGUUGUUUGGGCUGGAGAAGGAGAGCCAGUGCGUCUGUAUGGAGUUCACAACUUCUUCCUAAACACACCUGUCUGACUCGUGAGCUGAGGGAUCAGCGCUGAUCACGCCGUGUAAAGGAAGCCCUCGGCUCUGAGAGAAAAUGGCUGCCGCGGUGAACGGGGAGAAGCCUCUUCCUCCCAGCAGCGUCUUUGACCUGGACUACAGCUCCACAUCUGUACAGCUGCAGCUCAUCGGCCUCGGCUUCGGCUUCUACACCCUCAUCUUCCUCCUGUCUCACUUCCUGUCUGUCCUGCUGUCCCAGACCUACCGCUGUCUGUCCGCUAAAGAGAAGGUGUUCUGGUGUUUGGCGGCGACGCGGGCUUUCUUCGGCUUGCAGAGCUCGGGGGCGGGGUUACGGGCGCUGAUGGAGGACGGCCCCUUGUUCAGCGAUAAGGUGCGCGGGCAGACGGGCUGGUCGUGGUUCACCGUGCUGACGGCGUGCGGGUUCUUCACGUUUGAGAACGUGGCGCUGCACAGCUCCAACCUGGUGUUCCGCUCCUUCGACGUUCCGCUCGCCGUCCAUCACGCCUUCGCCCUGGCCGGCUUCAGCGGGACCGCGCUGUGUGGGGACAUGGGACACUUCCUGGCCGUCAUCACGCUGCUGCUGGAGAUGAGCACGCCCUUCACCUGCAUCUCCUGGAUGCUGCUCAAGGCGGGUUGGUCUCGUACUCUGUUGUGGAGGGUGAAUCAGUGGUUGAUGAUCCACACGUUCCACUGCCGCAUGGUGCUGACGUACUACAUGUGGUGGGUGAGUUGGAGUAACUGGUCUGAGCUGUAUGUUCACACUCCUCUGCCUCAGCUCCUCAUCUUCUUCAUCGGCCUGGCGCUCCUCACGCUCAUCAUCAAUCCCCUGUGGACACACAAGAAGACCAUGCAGCUCCUCAACCCCGUCGACUGGAACUUCAGCAACAAGCCGGCGCCUGAGAACGGUCCUGCGGGGGGCAAAGCCCACAGGAGCUGAGCUCACACACCCCGCGAGAGACGCCCGCUGAGGGACGCCCGCUGAGGGACGCCGAGGGACACACACGGCGAUAUUACUGAACAGUGUUCCACUGCUUCUGUUAUUUUUAUAGGUUUGGGCUUUUGAUGAUGGUUCAUGGAAGAGAGAUAGUAAGCGUAGGUAUUUUUAAAAUGUUUUCAAUCACAGAAGCAGUUGAAGAAACUGAAAGUAUUUGUAAGAAAGUAUUUGUCUCCCUUUAUUCAGUUUUUGAACAUUUAACACAUUGAUUUGCCCAACAAGGUGACUUUAAAUGUUAAAUGAACAAUUUGGCAAAAAUAUCAAAUGUAUUCACAAUUUUUCUAAAUGUAUCAUCAUUUGUCCUAUGAGACUGACAAGACAUGGAAGUCUUCUCCAACAUUCGUAUUUAUUUACAUAUUUAAGGUCAAAGUGUAACUAUAUUUCCAUAUGGGUCCAUAUAGGGGUGUGUGUGUAUGUAUGUAUAUACAGUCAGGUCCAUAAAUAUUGGGACAUCGACACAGUUCUAACAUUUUUGGCUCUAUACACCACCACAAUGGAUUUCAAAUGAAACGAACAAGAUGUGCUUUAACUGCAGACUGUCAGCUUUAAUUUGAGGGUAUUUCUAACAAUUCUAACAAUUGUGUCGAUGACCUGACUAUAUAUAUAUAUAUAU